AAAAAAAAUCGUAGAAAUUGAUAAUCUAACUUUUUAUCUACUUUGUGUUAUGUGUAUGUCAUAGGGCUCUCAGUUUUAAGAGGACGCCACAUCGACAUCCACUGUCUCUGUCUUACAAACACGAGACAGCAUAUUUGCGUUCAGUGGGACACAUUUUAUCAACCUGAUAAGGUUUUGUAAAAAAUAUUUUUGGUACACGGGUUUGAACUUACGCCCUUUGGGAUGACAGCAGGUAAGUAAUCACUAAACUAUGACAGACAUACUAUACAAUUAACAAUAAUGAAUUAUUUAUUAUAACAAUAUAUAAUAUCAUCAUAAUAUCAAAAUUUUAAAAAGUUAUAAUUUCAAAUUCAGUCCAUUCAAUUCUGAAAAAAAAUUAAAAAAUUUGCUUCGACCAGUAACUAGAUUGUUCUGUAUAACUUUUUACUUUAACGAUUUUUGUCAAAAUUUGGUAUUCAAAUUUCUUUAUAAAAACAAAAAAAUACUACAUUAAACUUAAUUUGUUUUACCAAUACAAAUUACGGCUUUUAAUUAACUUUCUAUUAAAUAUUCAAGCAUUUCUGUUUAGUAUAAAAUUUUAUCAACAGAGUAUCUACCAAAUAAAAAUUAUAUACAAAACUAAAAUUUUUUGAAACCCAAUUUUAGAAAAGUCAAUUAUGCAUUUUUUGUCCAAUUUCUAGUUUUUAGUAAUAUUUUUACUGAAUCACAACAAAGAGCAAAAUUGAAAAUAAUAAAAACAUUAUUUUCUCAAAUUUGUCUGGUUUCCUUGAGUUUUAUCCGGGUUUUCCCAAAUAUUAUGGAAAUCGCUUGAAAAAAUAAUAAAUUACCUAAUUUUUGUCAAAGUAUAAAAAAAAAAUAAACAUCACUGUAAAACCAAUACAUUCUUUGCUUUGCGCAAAAUUUAAAAUAAGGGUUUUCAGAUUGAAAAUCUUUGGUUUUUUUUUUUUUAAUUUUCAAAUUAUGUUGAAUCUUUAUUAAUAAAAGAUAUUAAAUAGUAAUAUAGAAAAUUAAAUUAUCAUGGGUAAUGUUGGGGAUAACUUCAAAUGGGAUCUUAACAUAGAAAUGAUAAUUUCUGCUAUAGCUACCUAGUAUAAUGUACCUAAUAAUUGAUUAAGAUUAUUUGUACAAGUAUAAGUACUGAUUAUGGUUGUGGCAAAUAUUUUUUAAUACCAGAAUUGAAAAAAGUAUGCUCUAACAAUAUCAACAUAUGAAUUUACCAUUAUUGAAAUAUACAUUAAUUUAAUUUAUUUUAAAAACCAAAAAAUUACUAUAUAAUUUUGUUACUACAGUACGUUUCACGAAACUAAUGACUCCGAGUGGCGUUUCCGGUGGCAGAUUUUCGUGAGGGUUUCCUAAACGUGACUAAAAGAGCGGGGUAAUUUAAAAAUGACGCGGCAAUCAACCAUCGAACAGCUGGCCCUGUUGAAAGGAAUUUUACCUUCCACUGCCAAACAUUUUAUAACCACCAUAUACAAAUAAAAUAAUUAUUUUUAUUCAUAUUUUUUAAAAACCAUGCAGUAUUCCAAAUUACCGCGUAUUGUGUGCAAGUUUGAGAAAUUGCGGAACACCGAAAUUUCACCACCGGAAGUGCCACUGUGGAGUCACUAGCUUUGUGAAACGUACUGUAGGUUAAAAUCAAUAAAUUAUAAUCAUUUAAUAAUAAUAUAUAGUCUAAUUAUUAUGUUCAAUGAAUCCUUGUCAAACAAAUUAGAAGCAAUCAAUAAUAUAUCAUCAAUUAUAACAGUCCAUUCAUAUUAGAUGAUCUUCCACUAAAUCUCCUGGUCAUGUCAAGGAAUGGUGUUUCUCCACCAGCUAAAUUAAAUACUGUAUCUUGUUAUUUGCAAGUAAAAUUAAAUAGUUAACCUUUACAGUGUUUUAAAUAACAUUAACCUUAUCAAUAUACAUACUUCAUCUAAAAUUGUUCAAGUUAUUUAAAGAAACCUUGGUCAUGCUGAGGAAUAGUACUUUAUUGCUUUAUUAUUUUAGAUGACAUCCCAUACAUUUUAACAGCUAGGCAAAAUGUGCAUUAUAUGGUACUCCACAUAUUAUGAAUCUAAAGAAUAUCAUAGGAAUUAUUGAUAUUAUUAGAACAAUUUUUGUAAUAAAAUAAUUAUUCAAUUUACUUUUACAAGAAAACAGGCAUUUAAAAGAAUUUACAGUUCCUCUUAAAAAAGUUAGUUCAUUAUAAGAACAAAAUUAUACAAUAGUUGCACAAAUUACUUAAAGAGCUUCUACACAUAAUAUUUUGUUUUCUCUUUUUAUCUCAUAAUGUGGCAGUAACAAAUACAUUUCAUGCACUGUGACUCUAGUUUAUUUAGGGGAAAAGAACCUAUUAAACGUUUUAUAUAAAAAAAAUAGCCUAUGUAAAAAUUACCUAUGCCUUAACUUUUUAAUAUGUCAUUUGUCAAUACGCUAUUAAUGAUUCAAAUUUAAAUUUAAACAAUAAUAUUUUUGUGAUAAUAAUUGAAUUAUUAAAGAAUCAUUAUGCCAAGGUAUAAUAAAUACUUUUUUUUUAUAAAAUGUAUAAUAGGUCAUUCUGCCAUAAAUUUAAGUAAAGGGUCACUAUUGUUGAAGUGCAAAUGUUUGUUGCUAUUUACAGAUGAAAUAAAUAAAGAAAAAAAUAAUGUAUAGAGGCACCUUAAUAAAAUAUGUGGCAUGUUUGACAAUAUACUUUAGGUUUGCUCUAUGUUUUUAAAAAUUUAUUUUUUGUACAAUUAAAUAAUAUUUUCCAAGUUUAUUCAUAUGAUUAAUUAUUACAAUAUUUAGCAGUCUUUCUAAAAGAACAUAUUCUGUAUUAAAAUAAUUAAGAGUCCCUAAUUAUUUUGUAUGAAAAUCUGUGGCCAUAAUAUAAAUACAAAUUAUUACAUGUUUAAUUUUUAGUUUUUGAUUUAUAAUUAUUUUGCUUAAUAGUUCAAUGGUUAUUAUUUAGAACAUAUUAACACAUUUAGAUGUUAAUUUUAAAUUAAAUGCAAACAUUAUACAUUUACUGAUUUAUUACACAUUGAUAUAAAUGUUAGUAAUUAUUAGUCAAAUGUAUUUAUAAUAAGUAUGGUUUACAAAAUGAAUAUAAUUUUUUGUUAUUACUAUCAAAAACAGUCUACAUUUUAUCUUAUAUUAUGAUAAUUCUAGUGCAAUAAUAAUAAUAAUAAUAAUAAAAUAAAAACAAUAUGUACCUAUAUAAUUUUACACAGUUUUUAAGUAUUAGAAAGUAUAAAUUGUAUAAAAAUAUGAUGUCAACUUUUGAUUGUCGCUAUAAUUCUAGUACAAGGUGUUGAAAAAUUUACUUAUGAUUCCAUUUGUUAAACAAUUUUUCACAGUUCAAUAAUAUUUUAUGAUAAGUAACAAAAAUAAUUAACAGUAUAAUUUGUUUGAAAUAGAAAUAAUUAUAACAGGAUUCUUGAUAAAAAAAAAUUGAUCUUCAUAAUAUAAAAUAAAUAAUGAAAACAAUUUUUUCUUUGUCUUUUAUAUAUUAUUCUUUUAAUAAUGGCUUUUUACUGAGAUAGAUAAUAAUAAAAUCAUAGCUUUGCAUUAUAUAUCAUAUACUAACUAGUAUUUCUGCAUUUGUAUUAUAAAAUUUUCUCCAAAAAAAAAAAAAAAAAUACAAUUAGAAUCUAUUAUAUCUUUUUCCUACUACAUUUGUACACUCCCUCUAGAAAAAAUGAAUUCAACUUUAGAAAUUAGAGGUGGUUUUUGAGGGAUUGAAAUAAUAACUAAGUUGAAUUUCCUUAUAAAUAUACAAUAGUAUUUCUUUUUUCUUAAUAUUUAAUGUGAUUAUAACAUUUUAUUUAAUACACAUAAAAUAUAUUUUAUUAAGUGGUACUUUGUUUAACUUUAUCACAAUGAAUAUUGGUUUAUAAUAUUAUUUAUAAAUAUAAUUAAUAUCCUUUAUAUCACUAUUCAUUAAUUUAUUCACUAUCCUAUAAGGUCAACAAGAAUUGUAUAAAAUGUAAUUUUAAUUUUAUGCGAAUGACUAAGUUUAUUUAUUAAAGAGGAUAUAAUCAAAGAAUCAAUAGGAUAGGAACAAAUUUAAUGAAGUAUUCAUCUCACUCUUUAUAUAUAAGGUGCCAUAUGAAUGGUUAUAGUUUAAACUCAACUGCUUUCGCUGAAAAAUGCAGGUUUGUUUUCAUUAGUUCCAGGAAUAUUUAGAAUGUUUUGAAUAGAAACUCUUUAAGUAGAACAAUGAGAAUUUAAAGGCUAGGUCCAAUAUUUAUUUAAUAAAUCAAGUUUUAUUUUUAUAAUUUAUAUAAAAUAUGUAAUCUCAAAAAAAAUGUACUAAUUAAACACUCAUAUUUGUUGUAUUUUUAAAACAAUGGGGAAUAUAUAACACCUAACCCCCCCCCCCUGUGUAUACCAAUAUACAUAGGAAAACAAUUAUUUGUAUUAUAAUCGAUGGUUUUCAUUGGGAUAUUUUUUUGUUUAAUACUUUUUUCUAAUUAAUUAAAACCUGGUAUUUAUGAAUUUAAUAUUAUUUUACAAAGGUGCCUCCAAGUAUUGGUUACAUAAUUUAUAUUAUGCUGCUGGCAAGAAUGUUUUCAUUUUGAAUAAUAUUUAGGAACCCUGACUUUUUGUCUAAAUAAAAUAACACUAAUUGAGUUAUUAUAUAAAUAAAAAUAAUAUUAAAUACAGUAAAAUUUAACAUUUCACCAAAGAAAUCAAUUAACUCAAUAGAAAACUAAUUAAAUAAAUUACAUUUUACAAUUUCAUAAACAUAUACUAAGAAACAAAUUUAUUUGAAUAAAUCGAUCUAACAACUUAAUUUGUUUUUAUAAUAUAAUUAUUAGAUUUGUAACUUUAAAUAAUGUAUUUAAUAUAAACAUGUUUAGAUUCAGAGUGUAAACAGGGAUCUAAUGGUUUUACUGAGUUUUUUUUAUGUCUAUGAGUAACUUUUUGAAUAGAAAACUUGCUCUGAUGUAUUUAGUGUAUAACCUUUGAGAGUAUAGUCAGUAUAAUGUUCAGUAGCAGUAUUAGUUUUUUUUCAUAUUAAGAACAUGUUAUAUACAGGGCCAUUAUUUUAUUGGUAAACACUAUCUCUGAAAGUAUUAACUUUUUUCGGAAUUUUUUUUAUAGAAAGUUUAAGAAACAAGCAACUUAUAAUUACAUUUUUUUUUUCACCCUAAUUUUUGGGGGUGAAAUUACUAUUUACUUUUGAUUUUAAAACAACAACUUAUAUUGAAAAUAGCCUAAAUGGUUGAAGUAUUAUAAAUAAAAUUAACCAACAUUUAUUUUAACUAAUACUUCAUCUAUUUAUGGGAUUUUUAAUAUAGGUUGCUAUUUGAAAAUUGAUAUUAGGUAGUCAGUUUACCCCCAAAAAUUAGGGUGACAAAAAAUAAUGUACAUGUUUCUUAAGUUUUAUAUAAAAUAGAUUCUGAAAAAAGUUAAUUGUUUCUGAGAUAAUGAGUGUUUAAUGAUAAAAUAAUCAGAAAGAAGGUAUAUGAAUUUAUCUUAUAUUAUAUUCUUAACAUAAAAUUCUAUUGUGAUAAGUGUACUUUUAAUUGAGGAAUGUAUUGCUUAGUAAUGAAAAGUAUUAUCUUAUGUAUGUACAUCAAAUUCCUGUGAUUUUAAUUAAAUUGCUAUAGUAUUAUAACUUUAACCUUUUUAGCACCUAUUAAUUGUUCAUGAAUAAAAAUUAUUUUAUUAUACAUACAAUUUAUAGUUAUAGUGAAUUUAAAUUAACAAAUUUAAGUAAUGCACAAUUCCCCUAUCAUUAAAACAUAAAUAUUUAAAGAAAACAAAAUUUCACAGCCAUACUUUUUGAGUUAUAAAUAAUUAUAAACCACUAGAUUAAAACAUAAUGCUUUUUUAGUCUUGAAUAAUUAAUUGUGAGAUGCACGAGCCCCAUUCAUAUAACUGAUCCACCUUUUAGCGGUAGUGUGUAUAACUGUAGCAUUGUCUAAUGUCCCUAACAACAAAAGUUGAUUGAUAUGGGUAGCAUGAUAAUCCCACCUAGCAAUAUUUGGUUGUAUAGCUAAUGUUAUAUGUCUAAGAUCAUAUGCUGAUCUCGAACCCAUGUCAAACAACGGUAAAAGAUUUUUCAAUGAUGUCAUGCCCUGUUUCCAUAAUAAAAAUGCUUCUUGCGAAACCUAAAAUAUUUAUAUUAUUUAUUAAAAACCAAGUUUUAAUGCAACAGUAAUUACAUUAUUAUUUUCAAUGAUUAAUUUUAAACUACCAUUUACCUGGGAAGUAUUAGGAGUCAGUGAAUAUAAAUCAUAUAAUCCAAUUAGAGAGUACAUGAAACCAUUUAAAAUAAAUAUUGGUGGAAUGGUAGGAUAUUCAUCAAACCAAGGAUGUACAUUCAUGAAUUCAGAUAAAACACCACCAUUUUUGCUGUAAACUUUAAAUGGCUUCAAUGCAGCCCAUGCUGUAUUCAAAUACUGUUCAUUUCCUCCAGAAUGAUAGAAAGCUCUUGAUAACAAUGAUAUAGCCUGGCCCUGUCCCAUUGCUGACAACCUUAUAGAAGAUAUUUAAAAAUAUAACAUUAGUUUUGAUGAUUUAUUAUUGUUUAAUUAAAAUAAACCAUAAAGUGACAUUUUGUACAAUACUUUUACAACUUUAAUUAUUAGCAAUCAAAAUUUAUUGUAAACUUACCAUCCUGGUUUUAAAGGUUGAAUAACAGGAGAUAUUUUACGGGUUACAGGAUUACGCCAGCCUCCAGAAUUUUUAUCUUGAUGUUUUAUGAACCAAUUUGCAGCAGAAUAAAAUUGACUUAUAUGGUCAUGGCUACUGAUUGUAAGAUUAUCCAAUAACCCCAUUCCAAAUAAUUUAAAAUCACAUAACUAUACAAAAUCAGAAAUAAGUAUUAAAAGUAAUAUUUAAAAUAUCAAUAUAACAUUAUUUAAUGAACAAAAUAUUAAUUUUUAUGCAUAUAUAUAUAGUGUGUCCCACUGUUUUUCUAUAAAUAUUAAUUUUUCCUAUUUUUUUGUUUAGUCGGUUUAUUAUUGGGGAUAUCGAUUUAGAGAAAAAUUAAAUUUUUAUUUUCAUCCCCUAAACACAGAACAAAAGUAACUUUUUAUUUAUUUACUUUAGAAAAUUAUCAAAAUAGUAAUUUUUUAAAAAUUUUAAUGCAUCAUACAUUUAAUUCAUAUUAAUAAUUUCUUAGUCAUAGCUGUUUAAAUUAGACAUAAAAACAAUUAAUAUUCAAUAAAAUAACAUGUUAUACGAUUAGGAAUUACAAUCAGCAUGGUAAUUCUUUACCUUCUAUUGAAUAUUAAUAUUGUUUUCACACCUAUUUUAAAGAAAUUAAAAAGGCUAUAAUUAAGAAACUAUUAAUCUAAUAUGUAUAUAUGACACAUUAAAAUGUUUAGAAUAAUAUUAUUACAAAAUUUUCUAAAAUGAAGAGUUUUCUUUUUUUCAUAUUUAGGGGAUGAAAAUAAAAAUUUAAUUUUUCUUCAAAUCGAUGUCCCCCUGGAAAAUAAACCAAUUAAAAAAAAAAUGUAAUAUUAACAGAGCUAGAAAAAUCAUACUGUAUAUAAAUACUCAAAAAGUACUUUACUUUAUAUUUAGAACGAAUCAUUUUUGUUGAAGUUUUUUUUAGUAAAUUUAGGCCCUUUUGCAAGUCAACUAUUAAGUUUCUUGCUAAUUUUAUCCAACUAAAUUCUUCUGUACAAUGCAUCCCAUGAUAGAUACUGUGACCCUAAAAAAAUAAAAAUAAUAGAUAAAUUAUCAUUAUGUAUAUGCCAAUCUUAUUAUUUUAUUGUGUUGAUCUUAAGUUCUCUAUUCCCUUCUAUUCCUAACUACCAAAGAUUUGUAUUGUCUUUUCUGAAAAAUCAGUUGUGGUGUAUGACAAUCAAAAAAAUAUAGAGUAGUAAAUACAUUCUUGGCUAUGUUCAGCAUUUAAAACACUAUACUAUUGUACAGUGAUUAAACCAUAAGAUAAUUAAUUUUACCUUUGCUAAUAUAAAUGACUUAGAACAUGUAUAAUGUAGAUUCCAAAUUACUUCUGGUUUAUUAAUCUCUAUUAAAGUAAUUACAAUGCUACUUUUGGUCAAUAUAGAUAAUGCUACAUCAAAAUUAACGAAAAAAUAGUUUUCGUUAUUAAUAUUCAAUGAAAUCCCUUCCUCUAAAAAAAAAAAAAAAAAUAUAUAUUACAAAUAAUAAUAAUCAUAAUAAUUAUGAUCUAGAAAUGUUUAUAAUUAAAUUAAAGAUUAACUUUAUGUUUGAACAUCAAAAAAUAACUGUUGAAUUAAAUAAAUACUUUUUGACAUAAAAAAUAAUUAUUAAACAUUAAACACUUACCAUUUGUGAAAAACUCAAGAACAUUGCUUUGGGCUUGAGAAUUAAAUGAAAUUUGAAGUUUUGAUGAAGUAGGGAUACUCCAAGGAGCAUUCAUCUGACCAUUUUCUAAAACCUUAACUUUUGGGGAUGGUAAAGUGAGAUUUUUACUAUAGUGAGAUAAACCAAAUUGCGCAAUCUGUGUAGGAUAAUAGUAACCAUGAGGAUUCCAUUGGGUUGAAACUGGAACACCUAUACCAAUUAAAUUAAAUAAUAAUUGUCUGUUGUUAUAUAAUUAUAAAGUUGUAAUAUUACCAUGAGAUGCACUUAUACAUUUAACACGGUUUCUUUCUUCAACUUUAUAAUUUUGGAAAUUUGUAAAUACACCUCGUGAGUCAUAUUUUCCAUUCUGGUAGUAAACUUUGGAAUAACUAUGUGACCAAUGAAAUGUUAUUUUAUCAUCAGCAGUUUCAAGAACUUUUCCAUAUAUCUAAAUAUAUAGUAUAAUUUAUUUCUUAAGGUGUACAUUUAUUUUUAGGAAUAUAUGUUAGUGUCACACACACAUUUCUCUAGAUCUCAUAAAACAACAAAAUUGAUUUACGUUAUAAAUUCCCAAUAAAUGGGGGUGUGAAGUAGUUUUUAUGCUAUUAAUGUGAAACAAACCUCAAAAUAAUUUUUCAAAAAUGAAAAUGGUAUAUAUACCACACUAUUUUUUAUAAGACAAUCAACAUGAUUAUUAUUAUUGCCAUUAAUAAUACAAUCUAUUGACUUGACAUCAUUAACUAAUUCCUGGAAAUAAAACAUUACAAUUGGUUAAAUUCUGUGUUAUUUACCUAUACAAAUAGUUUUAUCUAUUAAGCACCAGUAGUAUCAUUUAGUGAGAAAUAAAUUCUUAAUAAAUAGGUAAUUAAAAUAUCACAAAAUUGAUUUUAAACAUAUUGAUGUUUUAGUACUUAAUAUUAAUACUAUUAGAAAACUAAUUAUCAAUUAUGUAUUCUCUGAUAAUUGAAUCCCUAGACUCUAUUACCAAUUGUGAAAUUAAACUUAUUGAUAUUUUUUAAAACUUAAAAAUGAAAACUGGAAUUAGCCCUGAUGGACUCUCACCCAUUUUUCUGCAUGUUUGUAGAUUUGUCCUUUCCCCUUCAAUCACAUUUUUUUUAAUACUUCUUUAAAAAAUAGUUGUUUCCUAUCUAUGUGGAAAUCUACAUUCAUCAAUACAAUUUUCGAAAAAAGGAGACGAAUCAUUAAUUUCUAAUUAAUGCCCUAUAUCUUUGAUCUCUAUUCUCCUGAAAUUAUUAUCUAAAAUCAUUAAUGCUAAACUUACUCCCAUCUUCAAAAAUAUACUCAUUCCAUAGCAACAUGGUUUCAUGUCAUAUAAACAGACUUUAAAAAAGAUUUGAUAUAAUUGAUUGUAAUCUUUUAAUACAAAAACUUAAGAAAAUAGAUUCUGCUGACCUUUUAUUAUCAUGGCUAAAUUCAUUUUUAAUCAAAAUAUUCCAAUUUGUAAAAUAUAAAAAUUAUAUUUCCAAUCCAAUUUCAGUAAUAUCCAAGGUCCCACAAGGAGACCACCUCUUUUGUUAGUAUUCCUUUAUUCAUUAACAAAAUUAUUUUUUCAAUUAAACAUUCUAAUAUUCUUCAACUAGCUGAUAAUGCUAAACAUUUUCAAUUGUAUAAGGAAUACAAAAGAUGUAUUACUACUUCAACAAGAUUAAACUAGCUUUCAAAAUUGGCACAUCUCAAAUGGUAUGUCCCUUAAUAUUAAUAAAUGUAAAUGCUUCACUUUUUCUAAAAAAUAUAGUUUUAUUUCAUAUUACUACAAGUUCUUUAAAUUUAUUUUGUUCUACCCAACUUAAAGAUCUUGGAGUAAUCUUUGGCUCAAAACUUUUAUUUAAUCUCCAGAUAAUUACAAAAUUGCAAAUUAUGCCAACUAUAUCACGAAUAAGAAGGAUUGUACAUUUUUCUUUCUAUAUUUAAAUUUUUUUUUUUUAUGUUUAAAUCAAAUAUUACUAAAAGCAUGAAUUUAAUAUAAACACUGCCUAAUCAUCAAUCAAUUCAAACUUUCUAGAUAAAACUGAUCUUUUGCUUACUUCAUAAUUUGGUUUAAUAUGUUUUGAAUAUGUAUCAAAAGUUCGGUCUGAGCAAUUGGUCCAAAUUGUUACUAAGCAUAUUAUAGCUAACGUGGAAAGAACCCCAAAGAGUGUUCUAACAUUUAGUCUCAUACUGAUCUAAUAAUCAUUUGGACAUACUCUGUGUUAUGAAUUGCUAGAACAAAUAAAAUACACAUUUAUAUUAUAAAUAAUAAACAUGAUAUUUUGAAAAAAAAAAUAUGGAACACAUGUAAUUUAGUAUGCAUGCUUAUUUUUUUAAAGUGUGUUAAAGAUACUAAAUCUGAAUAUGUGAGAAAAUUGAACGCUUUUAAAUUUUAAGUGAAGAAAAUAAUGUAUUAGUUUCACUAAGUUGUGCUUUUUUUUCUUGUCUGAACAAGUUUUCUUCAGAAAAAUUGCUCCAAUCAUCAUUAUUAGGGGUAGUUUUUGGUAGAUAAUUUAGUAUACUUCGAAAAUUGGGAAAAAUUAUUUUUGAUUUUCCUAUAUUUUGCUUAAAAUAUUGACGGCCAUGCUAUUGCAGUAAUAGGUAAAAUGUCAUUUUACAUCUGUACCAUAUUAUGGUAUCAAAUCAUAGAAGACAGUGAACUGCCACAUUACGGCAAUCUACACUGAUAAUUUACAUAAAUUUUGGAUGUAGGUAUAGUACUACUAAUAUAAUAGUAAAAAUUAUACUACAAUGUGUUAAUAAUGGAGAAAGAUAAGGGAAUAUAGAGAUAUGUAUUUAUGCCUUACACUACAACAGUUUUUGUUAAUUUUCAUUUUUGUUUUAUUUUUUAUAUUAUUCUGAGAAAAAUAAUCAUAGAGACCUGACAAUUUCAUCAAAUACUUAUAUUAGCACUUUUUAGAUGAGAUAUCAUUUUAAAACAUAAUAUGCUGACUUCAUUGACUUUUUGUUGUAACUAUUUGAGAUUAUCGAGCUUGUUUAGUUUUGUGAACACGUUUUUUUUUUGGAUUCUUCAAUGCUAGAAAAUUUAACACAAGGUUCAUUGUAAGUGGUUCUUAUGGUAAUUGUGGUCAACAACUAGGAUAUUAUUCUGCAAAGGUGAAAAUGGUAAACUGAAUAAGAUGAAAUGAAAUAAACUUUUAUUAAUGAUUUAAUAAGUAAAAUGUACAAGAAGACCAAGAUAAAUUUGAUUUGAAAACUAGGUGUUCUAGAAAAGUGAAAUUAGUGAAAUCUAUGAUAUUAAAAUUAUAUAGAAACAAAAAGUUUCUCAAAAUUAGAUAAUGGUUCCAACUGUUUCAGAUUUACUUAAUACAGAUUUACAUAGAGUACACAGGUGUACUGAUAUAUAUUGUGUUCUAUGGUUUAUGAUUGAAAAAUAAAUAUUUCUAAUCAUCUUACUGUUGGGAAUUGUAGGGGGAUAAUCAUAUUAAUACAAACCCUUUACUAGUAACCAUCGGUUUAAAAAUGAAAUAAAAAAGGUUCUUACCACAACCACUGUCUCAUUGUUAACAUUUCCACUCAUUAUCAUCAUCUCAGGACAUUUUUAUAUUAUACAAUCUAUCCAGCCACUUUAAGAUACCCAUUACAAGUGACUUGAAGUACUGACCUAACUGCGAAUUUGUGACACCUUCGACAAUGUUCGGAUAGGUGGCAUACGAUAGCGGUAACGACAGUAUUUGUCACACGGUCCACCGAUCGAUCGGCACGACGGAAAUCGCAAUUUGCAGGGGGCGGUUAUCACCAUUAAUAACGUGUCGAUAAAGAUAACCAUGGUUAGGUUUUGUUGAUAUGCUAUCACUGGUAAUUGGAAUACCACAUAAUCGUUUUUACGUUUGUUAUGUGGACUAUUUGUUGGUUAGAAUAUACGGUCGAAACCCGCGUUCCGUGCCCGUUAAUAUCUUUUAUCUAUGUUUACAUUGUACAGGAACAAUUGUUCGUCACAAUAUUAUUUGUUUGUUUUUUACCCGGCAUUACGUAAAAAAUUAGUAAGGAUUAUAAUUCGUUUGGUGUACUGGUAGCUGGGAAUUACAUACAGUGAAAUAAUUCGAUGGCGAAGUUCGCCUUUGGACGUUAAUGGUACGUAUUCGUACACUACGUGUAUUAACUAUUACAUAUAAUAUUAUUGUCACAGAAGUGUACACUCGACGAGUGAAAUUUUGAAAGUAACGCGCAGGGUAUUCACCUGCCACAAUCAUGCCCAAGUCCGUUAAGUUAGAAAAAUGCAUACCCUCAACAUCAACUGCAUCGAGUUCAAGGUUUUUUAAAUCUCGCUUGGAAAAUGAUCCUAUCCUAGAACGAGUGAUACAAUUCAGAACCAGAAAUUUUAACCUAAGCAGACAUCAGAAACUGUUAGCAUUGUCAAGGAAAACAUGUUGUCAGGUAUCUACAUAAAUUAUAUACAUCUAACUUUUAAUAUAAUAAAUUGCAUACCUGAUGUAUUAGUUAAUGUAGUAUAUACUUAAUGAGAGACUUCAUUUCUAGCUUAAUGGCAUGUUAACUAAAAAAUACAGACGAACUUCAAUAAGUCAAAUUAAAUACUGUUCCCUUACAAAAACCUUGAUUACUCAAAAAAAAUACUAUGAAUAACUCUGUGUUACGAGUAUAGGUGGAUAAUAACAGAUAAUUUUUAUAAUUAUUUAUCUAAUUGGCUUGUGCGUCUCAUAAUUUAUCCUAACCGUGUUUAUUAUGUUUAUCAUAGUAUUUUUCAUUCGAUAAUAUAAACUCAUAAAUUUAAUAAUUAAUUAUUCAAUAAUAAUAAUUUGCCUAUACAUACAUUUUAAAAACUAAGUCAAAUUUUUUUUCCUAAACCCUUGAUAACUCGAAAACUUAAUUAAGUCGAAAAAAAUUGCAUUUUCCUUGAAUUUCGACUUGUCAAGGUUCUACUGUAUUACAUAUUAUUUGUAUUGAUUAAAAUGUAUACUUAUUGUAUAGUAAAUAUUUAAAUUUUAACAGCUUACAAUAUAUAUAUAGUAUAUGCCACUAAAAAUAUUUAUUUUAUUAGAUUUUAUCUUGCCAAUGUAAUGGAUGGCGUGGUAAACAAGACAAUCCUACAAUGUUUUCUCUCUGUACAAAUUAUAAUUGUAAUCAUCAACUUAGUAAGUACCUAAUAAACAAUUUUGAAUUUUUCUAAAAAUAAAUAAAUUUUAUAUUUUAAUUGUUUAUUAUAUAGAUUCUCAUAUUUCACAUUUAGAAAAUAUAGAGAAUGAUAAACUAAAUAUUUUACUUGGCUUAGUAUUUGAUUUAGACAACAUAGCCUUCACCUUAAAACAUGAGUUUAAACAACUUACUACUGAGAGAAAUUUUGUGUUAGAAGACGUUUACAAUUCCAUUUAUCAUGUAAGGAACAAUAAUUAUAGUUGUUACCACUUUGAAUUUGAUAAAUUAACCUUAUCGAUUUUAAUUUCAGGAAUUAAGGAGUUUUAUGCACCCUGAUUCUAAUAUUACACUUGAUAAUUUAUUUGGAAGUCCACCAUUUGAAAACCCUAACAUUGUUAAAACUUUGAUGAAUUUUAAUAUGUAUAAGUUUGGCCACGAUAGCUGUGUAAGUCUUGUUCUUAAUUAUUUUCAGUAAUAUUAAAUUAAAUUACUUAUGUAACUUAUGUUACCACUACAUAAAUAUUUAUAUUAAUACUUAAAAAUAAUGUAAAAAAAAAAAAAAAAACAAUAUGUUUUAGCAAUUAAAAAUCGCCUUAAGAGUUUCUAAAUUUAUAGUAAAACAUUACGACCUUUGGAAGUGGGUCUGUCCUAAAGAAUUAAUGCAUUGCAAAACCCUACAACAGAGGAAAACUUAUGAAUAUUAUUACCAAAGGUACUUAAGUAGAUUGAAUUGUAUUUUUUAUAGAUCACCAAAUUAAUUAGACUUAUAAGAAAUUUAUUUAAUUUUUCAGAUAUUUAGCAUUUUGUCUAUUUCCUAAAUAUCUUCAAUCACUAUCAUCAUGUUUUAAGAUGAGUAUGAUAUUUGGAAAAGAUGUUUUGAAAUAUACACUAAAAACUUUCAGAAUGCAUCUAACUGAUUGGUCAUAUAAUUCAUCACUAGUAAAAACUUCAGAUUAUCAAAAACAUUUUUUAACAAGUUAUUUGCCCAGGUAAUUUGAUUUGAUUAAGUACUAAUUGAAAAAAAUAUUAAUUUCUUUUCAUUUCAGUUAUUUUAAUCUAUUAGAACAAGAAGUUUAUGCUACACAUUCUCCAAUAUGGGAUUUGCAUUUUAAAGAUUCUGAUUUUAAAAAAAUCAUACUUAGUGGUUAGUACUAUUAUUUCUUAGGAUUAGUCCAUGCUUACAGUUAAUAAGUACAAGUUAUUAUUUUUUAUAAUGAGAUCAUUAUUUCUAAGUGGAAUAUAUUGUUGUAAAUGAUUUUACUAUAAAAAACUUGCGAAAAGGUUGUAGAACCAAUUACCCUAACUAUAUCUGUUAUAUUUUAGAUUCUUUUGACUCUGGAGUAGAUGAAAUGAAAGAUCGGAAAAAAAAAGAAAAAUCACUAUAUGAGUAAGUUAAAAUGCUUAUUAUUAAUGCAAUAUUUUGAAUAGUAAUGUUACUCUAUUCCCUUUAAAACCAUGGGUGGAAUUAUAUUAUAAACAAUUCUAUCUAGUUUUAUAUUAGUUUGUUCUAACUGAUUUAUAAAAUAAAAAUAAUUUGUUUGCAUUAAUUAUUUUAGAGAUUUAUCACAAAAUCCAAAAGAAAAAAAUACUAUUGAAAAUAUUUUAUCGGAAGACAAAAUUUCGAACAUUUUAAAGAAUAUUCAAAGUGGGCCUAUUUCAUAUUCAAAGGUAAAAUUUAUUUUAAGAUUAAUUAAUAUUAUAACUUUUUAAAUGUUGUUUCACGUGACCAUUAAUGCAAUGUAAUAGGGGGAGAGUUACUUGAGCACCAUAAUAUUUUUAAAUUGCAAAGCACUUGUUAGAUAUUAUGCUAGACAAUUUAACAUUUGGAUGCAACAAAAGAUGAAAUAUUGAUAAGUCAAUUUGUAAUAUUUUUCAGCUAUCAUUACCUCUUUUGUUGCACCAACUUAUUCUGCAGUUGUAGUAGAUGUUAUUGUAGUUAUUGAAGAUGAUAAUAAUAUCUUGAUGUUUUUCAGUUUUUUUUUUUUUUAUAUAUACUAAGAAAUGUUUAUGAUUUAGUACUAAUUUUAAACCAUUGUAAACAAGGAGUAGCUAAAUUUAUUUGUAUGUAAAUCAUUCAAUUUGUUUUUUACUCAGAUGUAGUUACAGUAUUGAAAUUUAUGACACCUAGGACACCUGGUACAUUUUUUCAAAACUAGCUGCCUAUUGUAUUAAUAUUAAUUGUUUUAAUAAACUAGGAAUUUGGUUUUGAAACUGGUCCUCGUGGACAGCAAGCACGAACUGAAGAACAAAAUGGAACUAUACGGUUUGUCGUAAUUGGUAAUUCAUUAGACUCUAGAGUUGAAAAAACUACUAUGCUGUGGCUUAUGCAACUAAGAAAUUUGUUUAGAACACAAUUACCCAGAAUGCCAGUACGAUAUAUAACCCGUUUAGUAUUUGAUACGUAAGUGUUAAAAUGUCCAACUAUUUCUUUUAACUUUAUACUAUUAUUUUAAUCCAUAAAAACUACUAAAUCAAUAUAAAUAUUGGAACAUUUAAAUUUGAAACUAAUUUUCUUCUUUUCGAAUUUACUGAUAUGCAAUUUGUAAUAAUUGAUUUAGAGUCAUUUUUAGUUGAAUUUUAUUAUAUUUUGUAUACAAUUCAUCAAAUCAUAUUUAAUUUUACAAUCAUUAUAAAAAAUCAUAUUGUUUUAAUUAGGAAACAUAAGACACUAGCUUUGUUGAAAGAUGGAAAUCCAAUUGGUGGUAUAUGUUUUUGUCAAUUUCCCUCUCAAGGAUUCACGGAGAUUGUAUUCUGUGCUGUUAAAGUUGAUCAACAAGAAAACGGUUAUGGAACUCAAUUAAUGAACCAUUUGAAAGACUACCAUAUUAAACAUAAUAUCUUGAAUUUUCUCACAUAUGCUGAUAAACUUGCAAUUGGUAUGAGUUUAAAAAUAUAAAUGAUUAGUAAUUAUUAUACAAAUAUUAAAUAUUAUUUUAGAGUACUUUAAAAAACAAGGUUUUACUCAAGAUGUCAGAAUCUCAAAAAAAAUCCAUCAAGAAUAUAUUAAACAUUAUCAAGGUGCUAUAUUAAUGCAUUGUGAACUUAAUCCAAAAAUUAUUUAUACUCAAUUAACAGCUGUGAUACGUAUACAAAAAGAUGUAAGUGUUAAUAACUUAAUAUGUUUAUAGUGUUAAACUUCUAUGUUAAUAUUUUAACAGUAAACAUUAAAAUGGGUCAUUUUUAGUUUCAUAUUUUUGUAUAAUGGACACAGGGAUAAAUGGGUACUAAAUGCAGCACAAAUAAUGUGUGUAUAAUAUCAUUCUGCCUCCUAAUUGUUGUCAACAUUUCUAGUUUUUGAUAUUUAUGUUUGACAUAAACAUUACAAUGGAUUAUGUUAUAUUAUCAAGAAAAAUAGAUAAUAUAUUGUGAUAUAGGACAAAUGUAUGCAAUAUAUUUUGACUGUUAAAAACACAAAACUUUAACAGAUAAAAUAUCCUAGAAAAACAUAAUUUUUUGAAAAAAAAAAAAUUAAGUCAGUGUUUGGUUUAUUUCACAUUAUAUUCUAGCACUUAAAGAAGUAUGGACAAUCAAUCAUUGAUAACUUCUCAAAAGCUGGAAUUCUAUAGAAAUAAUUGUCAGUUGGGUGUGAUAAUAUAAUAUUAUAUAACAUAAGAUAACAAUAAAAUAUUAAUGAGCAAUUCAUAGUUUAUAAUAUGCUGGAGUUAAUACUAAAAAUAAAAUUGAUUUAAUUUAUAGUUUUUACCAUAUUAAAAUCAAAUUUUAUAUAUUAUAUUGCCAAUUUUAUUUUAAAAUGAAUUUGGGUGGAAUAUAAUAUAUGCAAUUAAUAAGUCAUUACUUAUUAAAAUAUAUUAUUACAUUAUUUAUUGACUAUAAACAGGCUUAUAAUUCAAUUAAUAGAAAAGUACUAUGGGUCACACUUAUAACCUUUGGGAUACCAGAUAAGAUAGUGAAAAUGAUCAAAUUAUGUAGGAAUAAAACCAGAUGUAAAGUUAGAUUCAAUCAACAUAUAUCAGAUGAAUUUGAAGUUAAGACUGGACUUCGACAGGGAGAUGCCCUAUCCCCAAUACUCUUUAAUAUAGCAUUAGAAAUGGUAGUUAGAAAAACUCAUAAAAAAUAUGAUGGGGUAAACUUGGAAGAGAACAGAAGACAAUGCGGAGUACUAGCGUACGCAGAUAAUAUUAUCAUAUUGGGAUCAGACAGUCAAGAAGUCAAAGCAGGAACCAAAGAACUAAUAAUNUAUAAAUUUGAAAGAGUGCAAAAUUUUAAAUACCUGGGUGUUACAAUAAAUAGCAAAAAUAAUAAUCACGAUGAAAUUAAAAUAAGACUAACUGCAGAAAAUAAAUGCUAUCACGUGUAUCACUCAAAUCAAAAAUUAUAAUAUACAAGUUAAUUAUCAGACCAGUCCUUUUAUAUGCGUGUGAAACAUGGCCAACGACUAAAGGAGACGAAGACAAAUUAGCAAUACUCGAAAGAAGAAUAUUAAGAAGAAUAUUUGGGCCAAAAAUAAAUAACAUGACACGACAAUAUGAGAAAAGAAAUAAUAUAGAAAUACAACAAUUAUAUAAAGAGCCAGACAUAGUAGCAGUAUUAAAAAAUAGGAGAAUGGCAUGGGCCGGUCAUGUAUGGAGGUCAAAUGGUCUUAUGAAAGAGGUUUUAAAAUGGAAACCCAAGGGAAAAAGACCACUUGGCAGGCCGAAACAAAGGUGGAUUGACAAGGCGGAGAAGAAUUUAGUAGAGAUUGGAAUAUGAGAUGGAGAAACAAUAGCACAGGACAGAGACAGAUGGGAGCAAGUUUGUGUUGCGGUAAUGGGCCUCAAUGGCCUUUAAAAAACCGAUGAAGAAGAAGAAAAUUACAUUAUUAUGUAAAAAUCAGCUACAUACUCCUAAAACAAAAACUGAUUAAGUGUUUAGGUUUGGUUACAUUUAAAAACAUAUUUAAUUGUUAACUAGUGUAAAAUUUGAAUUUUGAAUUGGUUUUAAAUAGAGUGUACCAAAGAAUAUAUUGGUUUAGAUGUUUAUAUUUUUUUUUUUAUACUGUACAAAAAUUCUUUAGAAAAUCUUGCUCGAGUAUGAUAUAUACACAGCAUCAUUUCUGAAAGAGAAUGUAAUCCAGAUGUUACUUUUAGUAGGUCAUUUUUUGAUUAUCCAAGUGAUUUUCAUUCUAUGUGAAGAAAAAUCAGGAUACAACAUAAGAAAAGCAAGAAAUUUACAAAAAUAAUUCUUUUAUUAUUUUUUUAAUUUUGUUAUUUGUUGUUAAAAACAUUCAUAGAGACUUGAAAUUUGGACAGAAAAUGUAUAUUUGCCUUAUUUAAAAUUUUUAAAAAAUGUAAGCCUUUAUAGAGCUAUAGACAUUUUAUUUAAUAUUGAGAGUUUUAUACAUAAUUUUUAUUAGGUAGGUACUGUGUGGUGAAAUUGGUAGACUAAACCGAAAUAUAAUAUGUGAAAAUUUAACAAGAGGUUUAUUUAAAGUCUUAGUGGUCAAAAAAAAAUUUUAAUAUCAAAUUUUGACAAAAAUUAUUAAAGUAAAAAAUUAUGUGGAACAAAUGUAAUUUUUCAAUUUUUUUUUUUUUUUUUGAACAUAUGUAUAUUGCUGAUUUAAGAACGCUGGUGAAGUCAGAAUUGAGCAGACUGACUAAGUUUCGAAAUUGUAGUUUUUUUAUAAGCCUAUACCUAUUGUUAUACUAUAGGUUAGGUCAAACCCUUGUUUUGCGCCUAUUUUUUCUAUUUAUCUAAACAAGAAAAAAACAAAUGCAUUUUAGGUGUACCUAGAGACUCAGUUAUGACUCGCUUAGACUAUUUUAAUCGAAAAAUACCUUUCAAUUUGUUGUGCAAACUUUUCUAACAAAAAUCGUGCUCCACUAAAUUCACCUCUAUAUUCUACCUUCUUAACUUCUCACCUAGAACAGUGGCCCACUUGUGGUAUGAAGUAUGUCAAGCUUUCUUAAGUUACUAACUUAAUUUAGUUGCUACAGCAAUCAUUUAUGGCGCUCUAAUAUUAUAAAUUAUAGACCAACCAACAUUAUGACAUCGAUUUUAAAACUAUUUGAAUUUAUUUUAUUACUAAAGCUAAACUCUUAUUUUUUUAACAUGUAAUAGUAAUAGAGAAAUCUGUUUUUCACCCAUAUAAAUCCGUAACUUAAAAUUUAGUUUUUUAUUAUAUAUAUAUUUAAUAGAUGCUAUUGAAAGAGGUAAUCAAUUAGAUGUAAUCUGUAUAGAUAUCAGCAUAGCUUCUGAUAUGAUUAACCACUCAGUAUUGAUUGGCAAAUUGGAGUUGAUGGAUGUUAAAGUUAACAUUUAAAACAGAUUUAGUUCCUAGGUUUCCUUUAGGACUCAAAAGUUAGACUAUGGUUCAGAAAAUAUUUCAUUCCUUUAGGUGUAUCGCAUGAUGACCAUAUUUCUCCACUUUUGUUAAUUUUAACUGUGAAUAAUAUUGGUUUAGUUUUUAAGUAUGCAAAUUUUAACAUGUAGUCAGCCAAUUUAAAAUUAUACUUCAUCGCUGACUUAUUGAAGGUUGGCUUAAAAUUGCAAAAAUACUUUGAUUACUUUUGAGAUUGAUGUUUUAAAAAUUAAUAAAUGUAAUUCUAAUUAAUUUUACAAUAAUAAAUUUCCAAUCUUCAUUGGUUAUUUUUCUGAUAAUAACCAUCUACCUAGAGUUAAAUUUAUAAAAGAUAAAAUUAUUUUUCUAGCUCACUUUCUUAUUAAGAAAAUAUUAUACCUGCAUCUACUGUCUUAGAACAAAAAUAAUGCUUACGCAAGAAGAGUAAAACUACCUUAAUUUUGAUUUUAAAGUAAAAAUACCUAUUAUGUAAUAUAUAGAGAGCAUUAUUUUGGAUGGAAUGUUGUAUGGUUUUUGUAUUAGUCAAAAUAUACAAUUCAAUAAAAAAAAUACAAAAACCUUUUUUUUUUUUUUAAAUAACUACAAAAUUUUUAAUAGUUCAUCAUUCAAAAAACACCCAUGUAAUUCCCUCCAAAAUAUGGUUCUCUAUAAAUUUCAUAAUAGGUAAUUUUACUCUUAAAUCAACAUUAAGCUAGUUUUACUUAUUCUGUAUAAGUUUUUGUUUUUAGAUGUUACCCAGUAGUUGAACUGAGACAGUAGAUGUGGAUAUAACAUCCUCUUAACACUCAUACAGUCAAUGGUAACUAAAGCAACAAGGUCACUUGGCUUUAUUAAUAAAAAUGCUUUCAAUAUUUUGUCUCUAAAAAUAUUUUAUUUUGCUUUGGUUAAUCUAUCCCACAUCAAUAUGGCCGAAUAAACAAAAUUGAGCCUGUUCAUAACAAAUUUCUAAGAUAUAUUAACAUUAAAAUUUUAAAGAAUUGCACAAUUACUGACCAUAACUAUGAACCUCUUAAGUAAUUGGUAAAUAUUCACUCUUUAAGUUCAAGAAGUUAUUUUUAUUUACCAAAAUACUGCAUGGUUAAAUAAAGGACAGUUUUCUUCUUAGUAUAAUCAAUAUAUCAGUUCCAUUAUUUAAUUCUAGAAAUAGAUGGACAUUUCAUACUUCUAAACACAGAAAAUUAUAUAAUUUUUCUUUUAUUAACAAAACAUAGACUUUUAGUCACCUUAAAUGAACUUUGAUAUUUUUAGGUACAUAUUCUUUCACUUGACUAUUAAAAAUUUCUUAAUUUUUUUUAAAUUUAUAGAUAAUUAAAAGUUUGGUUGAAGAAAACCAUGAGAAAAUUGAAAGGCAUUACCCAGGUCUAUCUUGUUUUAAGGAAGGAGUGAAAGUUGUGACAAUUGAAUCCAUUCCAGGUGUAAUGGAGACAGGUUGGAUUCCAUCUGCUCGAUAUACUAGAAAUAGUCGUAUUACAGAGGACAUUACCAAUGUUGAUGUUUUAGCAAAACAGUUAAAAAAAGUUUUGCAUUUUGUAAGUAUUUUUAUUAUAUAAAUAAUUAUUUUAUAAUUCUAUUUAAAGUUAAUUUCAUUGUUAAUUGAACACCUAUAAAAUAAAAAGAAUAAUAAAUCACUUAAUACAAUUUAUUACAUAUAAUUAUUAUUUCAGAUAAAAAAUCAUGCAUUAGCAGAACCAUUUUUACAUCCUGUUGAUAAAAAAGUACCAGGUUAUUAUGAGCUGAUUAAAUAUCCUAUGGGUAUGUUUAUUUAUUUUGUAAAAACUAAAACUAUAUUAUAAAUUAGUGAAAUGUAUUUAUUAACAAAUCUCCUGAUUAUGACUUAGAAAAUAACCAACAAGAUUACAAAACAAUAAAUAAAUGUCAUGAAAUUCUUUACUUUCUCACUUAUGAAGGAUGUAAGGAAGGUUAAGAUACAAGCCCCCCCCCCCACAGCAUAAGAAAUUAUUUUUUCAAAAGUUGGCACUACUGCGACUUAGUGGAGAAUGUAACAAACAAUUCAAAAUGAAAACUGGUUCAGUACAUGGAAAUCUUUGUGCGUGUCCUUUUACCAUGGGCAAAUCAUCGCAUGAUCCCCACCACCUCUAUUACUGAAUAUUUGAAGUAAGAAAUGUGACCCAUCGCCUUGUCUAAGCAUAUGCACCAGAUGUUUUGAACCAUUGAAAUGACACCAAAUGUGUAUGAGAAUUUUGAGAAAAAAGAAUGAGUGUGCAUAAUGAUGAGAGGAGCGGUGUGGUGACAAAUGAUUUUGUCCAUAAAGUUGAACAAUUCAUCCAUGACUCAACAAACUUCUUGAGAAAUGUCCAGGUGUUUCUUGAUUUUUUCUGCACAAAGUGGUCUUGAAUCAACUUGCUUUCUGGAAACUGAGUGCUCAUUGGGUCCCAAAAAUGUUUAUGGAUGAACACAAGCAGAAGAGGAUUGAAUCAGGAAGAUUGUUUUUGUGACCUACAAGGAAAGGAACUCUUGGACAGUACAGUGACAGGGGAUAAAGCUUGGAUUUCCUACACAAUACCAGAAACCAAGAGACAAUCGAUGCAGUGGCGCCAUACACAUUCUCCCAGCAUCAAAAAAUUCCAAACAACUCUCUUGAAGGUGUGACAUCCAUUUUUUGGGACAGGAAGGGGGAUAUCCUGGUCAAUUUCAUGACCCGUGGUAUUACCAUUAAUGAACAAUCAUAUUGUGGAACUCUAAAAAAUUAAGGCAUGCCAUACAGAACAAAAAACGGGAAUGCCAACAAAAAGAGUUUGUCGUCUCCAGGAUCACAUUCGCCCACAUACUGCUCCUGCAACACAGGAGUUACUGCAGAAAUUUGGUUGGGACAUUUUGUCCUAACCAUUUUACAGUUCUGACUUGGACCCCAGCAAUGAACAUUUUUUCACCAAGUUGAAAGAAGCUUGAGGGGGAAGAGAUUCGAGGACCUCAAACUUUUCAUUACCACCUUAUUGAAGAAAAAUAAUGAGUUAUAUACCUUUAAUGUCAUAUAAUUUUUUUUAAUAAAAUAGUUUUGGGUGUUUUUAGAAAGCCUUGUAUCUUUACUUUCUGGACAUCCCUUGUAAAUAUAUAACUCUUAGUGGAAAUUUUCUUAUAUCUCUUUUAUGAAGUUUUCUACUUAUUCAUAGAAAUUAAAAUGCACAUUAUGAACACAUUAAUGUUCCCUAUAAUAACAAGGUUUUUGGAUAUAUUUAUUAAUUUAUUUUGAAAAAAAUAUAUUUCAUUAGAUUUUAUUAAGUUUUAUAACUAAACCAUUUUAAUUUACAGAUCUGAGUACGAUUGGUAAGCGAUUGGCUGCUGGUUACUAUGUUAUCAAGAAACUAUUUAUAGCUGAUAUGAGACGAAUGUUUAGUAACUGUAAAACAUUUAAUCCAGAAGAUUCAUAUUGGUCAAAUUGUGCAGUGGAAUUAGAAAGGCUUUUCCAAAUAAAAAUGAAAGAAUUGGGACUUUGGAGUUAAAAACAUAUAAUUUACUUAAAUGUAUUAAAUCCAAAUUUUAUUUUGAUUAUUCUUUUAAAAAAUAUUGUCUAUUUCAAUAUUUAUAUUAAAAAAUCUUGAAGAAUGUGACUACUCAAAAAUAAAAAUGUAUACCUGUACAAUACAUAUUUUUUAUAGUAAUUGUGUAUAUAUUUAAUUUCACUAAUAGUAUAUUAAUUAUUAUUUUUUGAUUUUUUAAAUUAUUAUACAUAAUGCAAGUACAUUAAGCAGCAAAUUCAAUAAAGUAAUUUUUGAAUUAUUAAAUGUCUGUUUUCCCUAAAAAGCA